CGAAACCAAAAGCCAGAUAAAAAUCCAGCGGUGCUGCGGACACACACGCGACAGCGUUUUCGGUCUCGACGUAACAGACACACACACUCGCAACAUUUGGCACGCCUAUCCCGUCACCGCUAAACUAUGUGUUCAACUUGGUGAUAAUCAUUCAUUAUCGGCGUCUAUUCGAAUCGAUCGUGUUAUAUUGUUUGGAUUGCGAACGGUUUCGCGCAGUGAAUCAUCCGGUCAUUUUUUUUUUUCACUCUCAUCAACGACUCGCACCGGCGCCCCCGAAUUUUGGAACUGUGCCCAGGACGGUUUCGCUGCAGUGGACGAGACAGACUGUUUGGUAGUUUGUUCGGAGUGACCGUAGCCGGAUUUUACUUAAAAUAGUUCCAAGAUGGCACAUUUAGUAACCAGUGUGGUCGACAAAUACCACGACAUUUUAGACAACAAAAGUGAUCCAAGAGUAAACGGAUGGCCGAUGAUGUCCAGUCCAUUACCGACGUUGUUCAUCUGCCUGUUUUACGCGUACUUCUCGAAAGUGAUAGGACCAAAAUUAAUGGAAAAUAGAAAACCAUUUAACCUUAGAAACAUUUUAAUUGUAUAUAAUUUUAUACAGACUAUUUUUAGUGCGUGGAUAUUUUACGAGUACCUCAUGAGUGGUUGGUGGGGCAGCUACAGCUUCAGGUGCCAACCUGUAGAUUAUUCCAACAACCCAAUGGCUCUUAGAAUGGCCAACACAUGCUGGUGGUACUACUUCUCCAAGUUCACGGAGUUCCUGGACACUCUGUUCUUCAUCCUGAGAAAGAAAAACAGCCACGUGUCCACCCUCCAUGUAAUCCAUCACGGAUGUAUGCCGUUCUCCGUUUGGAUGGGCAUGAAAUUUGCUCCAGGUGGUCACAGUACCUUCUUCGCGUUGCUCAACACAUUCGUCCACAUCGUGAUGUACUUCUACUACAUGGUAGCGGCAAUGGGCCCGCAAUACCAGAAGUUCAUCUGGUGGAAGAAGUACCUCACCUCGUUCCAGAUGGCCCAAUUCGUCGCCAUCUUCGCCCACCAGUUCCAGCUGCUCUUUACCGACUGCAACUACCCCAAGGGUUUCAUGAUCUGGAUCGCCCUGCACGGUAUCAUGUUCUUAUUCCUGUUCUCCGACUUUUACAAAGUUAAAUAUUCCGGUGACAAAAAGGCUGUGAAGAAUAGCAAUACUGGCGCGUGCAUGCCCGUGGAGGACGAUUCGUACGCGAAGAUGAAGAAGUCCGACAGCAACGGAACGCUGAACAACACUUACAUCCAAAGCGAGUUGUCGGACUCAUACAAGGCGUGCUACUCUAGCGGUAGUACAAAGGGUUUCGUCACGCAGACUAUAGUCAAAGACAACAUCAAGAAAAUAGAAUAGAUAGGACAAUCAUCCACUUAAUUUAUUUCCCCGAAAUGUUGCACGUACUAUUACAAACAAUGACCCACAAAACAUCGGCAAUAACGGACAAUUCACUUCGGAAUUUUGUAAUAUUAUGUGACAAUGUUCAUGCAUUUUUUUGGUACAAAGAUCCUCUUUGUAGUUUCAUACAUGUAGAUAAUUAUUUAUUAGCCUUUUACUAAUUUUUUUACAACCAAUCAUGUUUGUGCCGAUAAAUUAUUUAACUCAGGGCAUAAUUUUUGUUGCACAGGGAAUUUUACACACGGUUGGACGCAAGUCGGGGAACAGCAAGUUUACUUUAUAUACAUAUUUGGCAACACCCCUGAACUUUAGAAUCUCUUGUAAAUAUAAAAUCGCUAUUUUUAAUACUUUUUAUGGUAUAUUUACAUCACGUUCUAUACUAUGGGGACAAUUCGGCUUUAGCCAUAUUUUUAAAUUUGUUGUCAGUCCCAUAUUUUCUACACUAUAUUUUUUGUAUAUUAUGUAAAUUUUACUAUUUUAUUAAAAGAAAAUUUCCAGUGUAAUUUUUUUCAUGCAUAUAUCACUAGUUUGUAUAUAAGCAUUUUUGGUGGGGACCACAAGUCUCAAAAGCUUCAAAUUGCACUAUUUUAAUUUACCUUUCUGUGAACCAUUAGUGCCUAGAUAAAAGAACGCAUGUAUAAAUAAAAAAGUUACCUUUUGUAAAUGAAAAAUUGAUAUUUACGAUAUUAAUUAAUUAAAAUCUCUGUGAGUAUUCACGUUUUUAUUUUACGAAAAGUGUUAAUUGACAAUAUUUUGUUACCAGUAUAUUUGUUUUAAGCCCGAUAAAAUUUUAUUCAAGGUCCAAUAUAAAAUCGCGUUUUAUAAUUUAUACGUGUUCUAAUAUAAAUAUGUUGAAUUUGGGAUCCAGACAGCAAAACAUGUCAAGAACAAUAACUAUAAUCGCCGACAUUGCACUAGAUUUUUUACCCGGACAUAUUUUUUCACAAGUAAACAUGUUUUGAUGUCUGAAUUGCAAUAUUUAUGUGAUAUCUUUCAAACAUUUACAUAUAAAUACGAUCAUGUAUAAAAAAAAUUUAAAUGUCUUGCGACACGUUUAAAUCUGUUAUAUAUAAAUAUUAAUGUAACAGUAUUUUUAUAAACUAUAAGAUACUUAAUUCAAAUUACCGUUAAAAUAGUAUGAGCUUUACUUAUAUGGAUCACAUUUUAUUUUAUAUAUUAUUGUGGUGUUGUUAAUUAUUUCACAAUUUUAUUGUUGUUAAAUUUAUUUGUACUUACUGGUUGCACAAUUUUCCAAAAGUUUAUUUAUAAUAUUUCGUGUUAGAAAUGUACUUCAAGUGGCAAUUUUUAAUUAAAUGUUUUAUAUUAAUUCUAAAGCUUCGGCUCUACAUAAAAUUGAGGAAUUUUUUGAUUGUAGUAUAAAAAAUGCUAUAUGUAGUUUAAUGUUAAAUUGUAUAUACUUGUUGCAUAAGAAUUCUAGGUUAAAUUGUAUAGUAUUUUUGUAAAUAAAUAAUUAACUUAAAAGGAAAUAAAAAGCUGCAUUUUGAUACAAA